GUCCUCGCACUGAUAGACGUUGUUGUCAACUUUGAUGUUAAUCUCUAAUUAUUUGGCCUGCUAGUUUCACACCAGAGUCAAACGGAGUACGCGUUUUUAAAAUGGUCGGAAAGUGUGUUCCGGCUGCUGGAGUUUUGGAUCCACUGAAGUUGUUUCAUGAAUAGCCUUCUACACACAGACAACAAUAGAAGAUAAUUCAACAAGGGCUUUAAAUAUGGAUCAAACAGGCCAGUCCUCAAGUGAAGACUGGUUUAAGAGAAGGCAAAGAUCAGUAGACCAUCAGUAUGACACGACACCAAGCAAACACAGCUACAACAGCAGCUCUCAGGUCACCUACAAGAGUGCUGAUCUCAAAACUCAUCAUAGUGAACUACAAGACAGCUCAAACAAGCAAACUGGAAAGGAUAAAAGAGCUGAGCAUUCCCCCCAGGACAAAAGAAUCAGUAGAAGGUCAACAGACAGAAGAGGUCAUAGAGGAACCAAACCUACCCCAAACCCUGCCGACAGAGCAAAAUCAGCAUUUUCAUGUAGUAGCACAUUUGAAAUGAAACUUGCUGAUUUCCCUGAAUUGGGUGACAUCACACUCAACAACCCCACGGCAAACUCGUGGCACCAGGAACCAUCAACCGUUGCUGGUGCAGUCAUGCCAGCGGAGCGACAGAGUUCACCAGCAGUCAUCUGUAAGAAUGUAUCAAAGAGAAGAACCAAGUCGGCUCAGCAACUGCCAUCGAGUGGAAAGAGUGACAUUCUGUCAACUGUCACAGAAGAUCCGGAUAGUGCAAUAUCCAAUCCCAUUGGAUCUCCUGCACCGUCCUGGGCAAAUAUUGCCUCUCAGCCUCGCAAAGUCAUCCAGAAAAUUCCCAAACCCAGCGCAUCCUCUCAGGAGGAUUUAUCGGCACAACCAGCAGAACUGAAAACAGAGAAGAAGAGAAGAAAGAAAAAGAAGAAAUCCAAAGCUGAAGACACAAAGGAGCAGACACCAGAGGAACAUCUCGUACAGCAGGAACCUCCAAAGUUUGAGGAUAAAGAGGAGUUUCCAGACCUGUCGCUUGCAUUUGAGCACAAAGGACAUUCUGGAGCUCAGAAAGAAGGAUUUUCUCUAAAUCAGGAGAUAAAAUACAAAUCCACUUCUGCCUCAAGUGACACUAAAAAAACACAGCAGACUAGUCAGAAGAAGUCAAAAGUUCCUGUACAGCUUGACCUUGGAAACAUGCUGACAGUUCUUGAACAGAAGCAACAGUCUCAGAAAUCGAAACAAGACCAGCGGCCAGUAAUACUAUCAGUUGGUGGAGCUCUACCUGUAGUCCACAAAGAACCUUCAGUUCAGAAGAAGCCUUGGCAGCAAGAGAAGACACCUCACAACCCACUUGACUCCACCUGUCCUUUAGUGAAAAAGGGAAAGCAACGAGAAGUUCCUAAGGCAAAGAAACCAACACCUCUCAAAAGAGUCAUUUUGCGGGAAAGAGAAGAGAGAAAACAAAACCGCUUGCUUGAGGAGAGAGACCCAGCCAGAGUGGCCGCCGAAACUUGUGAAAAGGAAACUAGUGAAAACCCCUCUGAAACAAGCCUAACUGACCAAGACCAAAUUGUUCUCUUAGAUAUAGAUGACAACCCUGAAGUUGUUGGUACUGAAGAGUCAGAGAGUGACCAGCCUGCUUCUCCAUCUAACGACACGUUGGAAAAUGGCGAGGCAGAAAACGCAACACUAAAAACCUGGAAUCCCAGUUCAAAUCCUAAUCUUCCCAAAAUCCACAGCAGGAAGUUCAGAGACUACUGCAACCAGGUGCUUAGAAAAGAUGUAGAUGAAUGUGUGAGCAGCUUACUGAAGGAGCUGGUGAGGUUUCAGGAUCGUCUGUAUCAGAAAGACCCCAUGAAGGCCAGGAUGAAGCGGCGGCUGGUCAUGGGCCUCAGAGAGGUGCUGAAACACCUCAAACUCAAGAAGGUCAAGUGCGUUAUCAUUUCACCCAACUGUGAACGGAUACAGUCCAAAGGUGGUCUAGACGAGGCUCUUCACACUAUCAUUGAAACAUGCCGUGAUCAAGGCAUUCCAUUCGUUUUUGCCUUGUCGAGAAAGGCACUGGGCCGCUGUGUUAAUAAAGCCGUACCUGUCAGCUUGGUGGGCAUCUUUAACUAUGAUGGCGCUCAGGACCACUAUCACAAAAUGAUUGAGUUAUCGGCCGAGGCAAGGAAGGCCUAUGAGGUGAUGAUUGCAAAUCUCGAGGAAAUAUCACAGGACCAGGAGGAAGUACAGGAAGUGGAGCCACCAGUGGAAACUUCUGAACCUGAAGAGCCAGCAUACAUAAAAAUCUGGAAGAGAAUGCUGGAGAAAGAUUACAAACAACCCUUCCUAAACUUUGAGGAGUUUUCAUCCGUCUCCAUCAAUUCAGAUCAGCUGCUGAAUGACCACGAAGGAAGUUGAUGGAGGUACACGGACGAGUGAGACAAAAAGGGCUGAGGUCAUGCGUCUGUGACACAGAAACAGAAUAUACUGUUUCCAACCACCACUGCACACGGACCUUGUGAGAUAACGAAAAAUUCCAUUGUAGAGGAAUAGCUUGAAGUACCAAAUGUGCCUAUGAUUAAGUCUAGACGAUUAUAUUGAAAAUAAAAAUUUAAUAAACCAAGAGCAAUAUGCUAAAAAUAGAGAACAGCCCUUGACUAACAAUAUUUUCUUAGAAAUAUCACAUACUUAGUUUGUUUUGCUGUCUGAAUGGUGAAUAUUUGUGCAAAAAUCUACAAUCACUCUAUUUCUAUUCAAAUACGUGUAAUAGUUUGAUAUUAAUCCUUGAAACAAUCUGAACCACUACAGUUAUUUAAAUGUUUACUUUUGUAAAUCAAAUAUAUUUUCUUUCCGGACUUGAAUGCACAACUUUACUAAUCAUGACCACUGUGUUUGUAGCCAAUGAAGUUCAUUCAAACUCUCCUUAUUGAAAUCAGCAGAGCCCUGUUUAAUUAAUAAUGAAGGCUAAUAAAUGAAUGAUUUUAAUGACCAUGAAUUGUUUGUGGGAAUACCACUCCCUCUCAUAACUUAUUAAACUUAAUUCCUAGUCCACACUUUUAAUUUGUAACCUACCUUUGGCUAAUCUUUCCAUGUGAGAAUUCCGCAACACUAGCUAAAUACUGAAUCUCUGUAGUUUCCAGAGUCCUUGUGGUGAUUGUCUUUAAAUUUCUAUCAGUGUAACAUUUAUCAAGGUUUAUGUCUUGGUGCUGUUGACUGCAGUUAAUACAGUAGAAAAUGUGUACAUUAUGCAGUUGUGUAGUACUCCGCUGGUCAGUGGUACGUAUACAUGUAGCAUAGAGCUGACAAUUCACAACUUCAAUUUCAGUACUGGAUAAAUAAAGGAAUCAUUUCACAUAUGCAUUUUCUGCUUUGCUGCUAUGUAAGGAAUGUUUACUUUGGGGCCACAAACAUCUUUGUGGGUGGGGGGGGU